UUCUGUGUAAAUCGAUCUGUUUGUGUAAGGUAAAUUUGCUGAAGAAAAUGGCCGUAAAGUAUAUUAAACAUGUUAAGAAUGAAAUUCUUUAAUUAUUUCAUGUGUUGGAUAUUUCCACAGAUUAAUUUUGAAUUGAGAAUUUAAGUUUCCUACUAUGCAGUGAAAUUUGUGAUAAGAAACAAGUGUAUCUGCUACUAGCUGCUUUCGCAGAAACAAGCGUAUCUGCUACUAAAGAUUGAAAGAAUAUUUUAAAGUUAAGGAAGAUUGAAGACUUGUGAAGAUUUUUAUCGUUUCGACAUUAUUCAACGAUUUAAAAACUUUUCUGUUUAGAAUAGUUUAAUCUUAUGAUUUCAAAGACAGAAUCAAAGAAGAUUUAUUAAGGAUUAUUGUACUAGGCAUACUGGAUUCUUAAAAUGAGCUCUUCUAAAUGAUCCUGAAGGGCCACAGUGGCCUGGUAGUAUGGUCUCAGUCUUCGGAACCAGAGUGUUUUAGGUUUGAGGCACAAUUCCACCAAAGAACUGUCAUGUUACUUUCCUCUCAUGGAAACUGAAUACAAUUUUUAUUCUGGAGCUGAACUAUCAGUACUAUAAGCUGAAUGUAAUUAGACAGCAUAAGUGGCAAAAUCUUUCUGAAUAUUAUUGUAUAUUCAGCAUAUUUUUAUUUGUGUUAGACAUGGCUUAAUUCUUAUACUUUUUGAAAAGAUUAAGAAAUAAAUAUUAAUUUCACCAAUUUUGAAAGUUUGCACAUAGAUAAAGAAGACGGAGAUUUUGCUAAAGCAGAUUUACAGAAAAUGUCAGAUGUUAAUAAUGUGCCAAUUCUAGGAAUGGAUAUUAAUAAAGCAGUACAAUUGAUUCAAAAUGGAGGUUCGACUGUUUCUUCUGCUAGUCCAUUAAAAAAUAAGGCUCCUAAAAAGCGAACAAGACGACGAUGUGUUUAUUCAAAACCCAAAAAGAAGAAGAAAAAGAAAGAUAUAUGUGAAAAUUUAAUAGAUACAGUGAGUUUUCCCACUGUUGGACUAAUUUGUGAAAAUAAGGAUAAAGGUAAUCAUUCUGAUUGUUCUUCAGAUACUAUCAUUGAUGAUCUUAAUGGAGAGUUAUAUAAAGCUGGGGUAAAUAUUGGAAAUGAAUUUCCUAAUAGUUUGCCAGAAGAUGGAAAUUUUCCACCAACUGAAUUAGGAAGAUUAUUAAUCAGUGAUGGUAUGCUAUUAAGUGAAACAAAACAAAGUGGAAAACGAAAAAAAGGUGCAAGAAGUAAAAGUCGGGCUAGAAAUAACAAGUCUAAAGGCAAUCGAUCCAAGAAGAUACAGCCAGAAUUUGAUAAUCCUCCUUUAUUAUCUAUUAAAUGUGAGCUGGAAGAGACAUCUGAUCUGCCUGCUGUUCCAGUUAAAGAAUCAGCAAAUAUUAUUUCUGAGAAAAUGGCAGCAUUUCCUGAAGAUUUUCAAAAUACAACACAUUUAUUUUCAGCAUCAGUUGAUGUAGCUGUGCCUGAAAGUAAGAAAAGAAAGCCCCAAACUGCUAGAAGGGGAAAGAAAAAGCAAAAUUCUUAUGAUAGAAAUAUUAUCCAACAACCUAAAAACAAUAUUUUGGCUUUUGAUGACUAUCCUGUUAAAGGUGGAAGUAAUUUAUUUAUUGAUCAGUCCUUAAUGUAUACUAAAGAAAUUCCUUCUAUCUCAAAUGUUUUUGAAAGUUCUAUGACUGAAAAAAUGAUGACCGCUAAAAAAAGAAGUCCAGCAAAAAGAAAUCGAUAUAAUCGAACUUCUGCAGUUUCAGAUAUUUCAAAUAAUGAUGUGUCCAGUUUUCUUAUGCCUUCUGUUUCUAAUGCAUUGGAACAAAAUAAUCUCUCUUGCCAUACAAUUAAUCCUUCAUUGAUUGAAAGUAAACAGAAUUCUAAAAGGAAAAGGGCAAGUCCAAAUAUAAAAAAUACUUCAAAAAGGAAUUUGAAAUCUUUAGAUUCUUUGAAUGCAGAUGAUAAUGCAAAUGCUAGCAGUUUCCCACCUGUCAAAAAAAAGAAAAGAAGCUCUCCUAGAAAAACGGAUGCAAAGAAAUCAGUCAAUAAUAUGCAAAAGGAGUUGGAUAUUGUUGAAAGGCAGUGUACAAUCAAAAGUGGCUUAGUAACUUCUAUUAAAGAAGAAUUAAGUGAUACAUUUGAUUCUGAUAAUUUUGUCUUAAAACGUAAAAAAUCUAAUACUGAAGAAGUUGUAUUUUUAGAUGACAGUAUUGAUAAAUUUUUCUCAGAUCCUAAUGCUGAUAAUGUGAUGCCAUCCUCAAAAAAGAGUGUCUCGAAAACAUAUGUUUCUAUGUUCUUUGAGGAAGAUACCUCAGUGGCGGAUGAAACUGAUGAACAUAUUUCCUAUUUGCUAUCUCUUGGAAGCAAAAAAUCUAAAAAUAUUAAAGAUGGUGAAUGUUUCAAAAAUCCUUCCAAAAUAUCUGCGGAUAAUUCCGAUGCAAAUUUAAAAAAGACUCCCAAUGAUUCUUCCAGUAAUGCCAUAUUUCAUCCUAGGUUGCAGCUAGAUAAUCUUGUUGAAAAUAUUCUGGAUAAGGGUAUAUCUGAAUCUGAAUGCUUACUUCCGUUAAAUGUUUCACGUACUAUUGGCUCAAACAUUCCAAAUAUUAAAAAAGAAGCUCAAGAUUUUUCUAAUAAUUCUGUUGAAAUGUGUUCAGUGGACAAAAUGAGUUCUGAAUCUGUGAAUACAAGUAAUACAGUGGAAAGUUUUAAAUCAUUAGCACCUGAUUCACUUGGUUCAAAUACUGCAACUCAAAGAGCAAUUCAUUCUGAGUCUUUAAAUAUUCAUACUUCUCUAAAUUCUGGUGCAAAUGCAGAAAAACUUGCUGCUCCUGAUUUUAUAAAAAAAGAACCUAUAGAUUUACAAGAAAAUGAAAGUCCAGAUAAAAGCGUAUCAAAAUCUGAAAGUUUGCAUCAGUUAAAUGCUUCACAUACUAUUGACUCAAACAUUCCAAAUAUUAAAAAAGAAGCCGAGCAUUUUUCUAAUGAUUCUGUUGCAAUGUGUUCAGUGGACAAAAUGAGUUCUGAAUCUGUGAAUAGAAGUAAUACAAUGGAAUGCUCUAAAUCAUUAGCAUCUGAUUUACUCAGUUCAAAUACUGCAACUCAAAGCGCAAUUCAGUCUGAGUCUUCAAAUAUUCAUACUUCUGUAAAUUCUGACAACUCUGGUACAAAUGCAGAAAAACAUGCUGCUCCUGUUAUUAUAAAAAAAGAACCCAUAGAUUUACAAGAAAAUGAAAGUCCAGGUAAAAGUGCAUCAAAAUCUGAAAGUUUACAUCAGUUAAAUGCUUCACAUACCAUUGACUCAAACAUUCCAAAUAUUAAAAAAGAAGCCGAGCAUUUUUCUAAUGAUUCUGUUGCAAUGUGUUCAGUGGACAAAAUGAGUUCUGAAUCUGUGAAUAGAAGUAAUACAAUGGAAUGCUCUAAAUCAUUAGCAUCUGAUUUACUCAGUUCAAAUACUGCAACUCAAAGUGCAAUUCAGUCCGAGUCUUCAAUUAUUCGUACUUCUGUAAAUUCUGACAAAUCUGGUACAAAUGCAGAAAAACUUGCUGCUCCUGUUAUUAUAAAAAAAGAACCCAUAGAUUUACAAGAAAAUGAAAGUCCCAUAUUGUGUAACAUUGAAAAACUACAAAAAAAGGAUAGUGAAAAGAGAGCUAUGGAAUCUUUAAAUGAGUUAGCUAAAACUUACUUAAAUCAUGAUCGUUCUGAAUCACCAAUUUUAAAUUCAAGAAUUACUGAAUUAUCUUCAGAUGGUAAUAAUUCAAAGACACGUGAUAUAGCUAUUCCUCAAUUUAGGACUUCUAUCUUAGGACUUGGGCAAGAGUCAAGUGAAAGUAACUCUAGAAGCAAUAGUGAGGUUCUUAAUAGUGCUACAAUCAAUACUGAAUCUAUUCAAGGUAAAUCUUGUGAUUUACCUUCUCGGAUUUCUGAAUCUAUUCAAGGUAAAACUUGUCAAUUAUCAUCUGUUAUUUUAUCAUAUAACCAAAUUAAAAGAGAACCACAAGAAGUUCUAACAGAUAUUAAUAAAACAAAGAAUUCUUCUACCCUUUUGGUACAGACUCUUCACAAUCAAGGGAAUGAAAGAAAUUCUUCUGGUAGCAUUUUGGAAGAAAUUUGUUUAUCAAAUGAAAGUGAGACUCCAUCUUUAGUUUUAGAUGUUGAUAAAAGACCAAAUGCAGAAAACUCUCAACCUACCAGUCGGUCUAGGAAUGAAUCAACAUUUGUAGAAACAAGACCAUUGCCAACUGCUUAUAUAGCAAAUGCAACUUUUAAAAGUCAAGAUAAUUCAGUAAUUAAACAAAAGGAAACAAAUGAACUAACAUGUAAUAAUUUUUUAAGCAUUAAUAUUAAAAAAGAGAAACUUGAAGGUAGCAUUUUGGAAGAAGUUUGUUUAUCAAAUGAAAGUGAGACCCCAUCUUUAGUUUUAGAUGUUGAUAAAAUGCCAAAUACAGAAAACUCUCAACGUACCAGUCGGUCUAGGAAUGAAUCAACAUUUGUAGAAGCAAGACCAUUGCCAACUGCUUGUACAGCAAAUGCAACUUUUAAGAGUCAAGAUAAUUCAGUACUUAAACAAAAGGAAACAAAUGAAUUAACAUGUAAUAAUUUUUUAAGCAUUAAUAUUAAAAAAGAAAAACUUGAAGGUAGCAUUUUGGAAGAAGUUUGUUUAUCAAAUGAAAGUGAGACUCGAUCUUUAGUUUUGGAUGUUGAUAAAAGGCCAAAUACAGAAAACUCUCAACAUACCAGUCGGUCUCGGAAUGAAUCAACAUUUGUAGAAACAAGAGCAUUGCCAACUGCUUGUACAGCAAAUGCAACUUUUAAAAGUCAAGAUAAUUCAGUACUUAAACAAAAGGAAACAAAUGAACUAACAUGUAAUAAUUUUUUAAGCAUUAAUAUUAAAAAAGAGAAACUUGAAAUAAAAAAUACUUCUAAUGUAAACAGAGAGCCUUCUACUGUUUCUCCUGUAUCAGUGGUUGAAUUUAAUGAGAAUAACACAUCUAUUGAAACACUUCCUAUGUCAGAUUCUAUAAAUGCAUGCACUAUUCAGUCAUUAGAAAAGAAUAUUUGUAAUGAUGAUAGUGCUAUGCCAAGUACUUCCAAAACAUGCUCAGAUGGAUGCUCAAAUUAUAUCGCUACUCCCAUUGCAUCUUUUGGAAGUGAAAUGUGUAAUGAUAUAGGUGACAAUGUAUUAUCUCAUGAUAAAAAAUUUAACACUUCUGUAACAAAUUGCAUCUCAUCAGCAUCUGAAAAUCAAUCUUCAAUGGAUAUUGAAGUUGGAACGCCAUCUGCUGUAGCUACUGUAACAUCAAAUAUGCCAUCAUCUAUAAAUUCAAAUCAAAGUAUGGUAGUUUCUGAUUUGCUCAUGGCUGAUACUAAAAAAAGCUUUGUUUCUUCAAUUACUUCUGUUAAUAAGAGAAAAACAGCUGACAAUAGUUCUGAAAGUAAGAGUAAUUCCAUAAAUUCUGAUUCACUUCAUUUGAAGAGUAAAAAUAAUAUUGGUUUAGAAGAUGAUUUAAUAUUAAUAUCUGAUGAUUCCUUUUCAGAUUCUUGUAGUGUAAUUUUUUCAUCAGAUUCUGACAACAAAAGUAGGCAUUCAUUAGUGGAUUUGAAGGAACCUUCAAGAAAGAAAAUUUAUGUAAAUUUAUCAACGGGAGAAAUAAUCUGUGAAACUAAUGAUUCAGAAUCUAGAAUACUAACUGAUGAUUCCUUAAAGAACUUAUUAGAUCUUAAUACAUCAGAAUUUAGUAAUCGAAAAUCAUUAAAACAAUAUAAAAAGUGUGUUGAUACUCAUAUAGCUCGUGCUAAAACCCUGGAAAAAGUGAAAAAUUUGAAUCUCAAAGCAGUAGAACCUGAAGUAACUGCAAAACUUAAUAUUUCAUCAGAUGAAAUUUCUUUUAUUGUAUCUGAACAGGAUGAUAUUUCUAAUCAAACUUCAGUUUGUGAUACUUUAAGUAAUUCUAGAUCUGUUACACCUAAUAAUAUUGCUGUUCCUUUUCAAUGCAGUUCUCCAAUAAAUUUAUCAUCUCCUCUUGAUGAAAUAAUAGAAAAUUCUCCGGAUAUCUCUGAUUCUAUCAGUGUAGAAGAAUUUGAUCUUUUGGCUAAUUUUAAGAAGAAUAACUUAAAGUUUUCUAUGCAUCCAUAUCCAGGUAAUGUUCCAUUUUAUAAAAGGAAACCAUAUACCGGAUGUUAUUUUAGGUAUGAUAAAGAAAUCUCGAAUAUACCAGUUGAAGAUAUAGAAAAAAGGUUAAAAGAAGCUGAAAAAACUGAGAAGCAGGCACCUAAAGAUCCAGCUGAUGGAAGAGAGUUAGAUUUUAAUUCUCUUAUCCCAGAAGAAAUAGAUUGUUACUAUCGAGUUUUGACAGCAGCUCCUUCUAAGACAUUAAUUUCAAAAUAUCUCCAAGAAUCUGCAGUUUCAGCAAGGAAUUGUAAUUCUCUAGAUAAAGUCAUAUGCCUUAGCUCUCCUAGCUAUACUGAAGAUAAUGCAUCUUCUGUAUCUGAAAUACCUGUUUUUGCUGAUGCAGCUUCAGCAAGGAAUUGUAAUUCUGUGGACGAUGUCAUGUGCAUUUUUAGUUCUUGUAAUUAUAAUAAUGCAUCUUCUGUAUUUGAAGUUUCUACAAAAGUUUCUGCUGACAAAAGUAUUGAUCAAGAUGCAAAUGAAUCUUUGGUGACUAGCAAGAACUUUGUUACUUCUCUAUCACAACAGGAUAAAGAACUUGGUUCUAUUUUUACAAAUGACAUAGUCUUCCAAAAGGAGACCAUUAAUUCUUUAUCAAAAAAUGUUAAAAAUUAUCAGCAGUUAAAGCCGUCAUGUAGUAAUGCAAAUGUUCCUGACGUUUCAGAAAUAAAUAAUAAACUCCAAACAGACUCUCAUGAAAAUGUAACCAAAGGUUCAGAAUCCAUUUCUAAAGUAAGUUCUAUGGCUGAACAAAUAAAUUUACUUCCAUCUGUAUCAGCUGUAAAAGUUUCUACUUGUACAAAUAUUUUCCCAAGUAAUAAUAGUAAGCAAUCAAAUAAAACUGUUUUAUCUAAUGAAAUGCCAGAAGAUACAUUGUCUAGAAUUGAUGAUAAUAUGUUAGACAAUGAAAAGUCAAAUUUAUCUACCUGUAGGCAGAAAGUCUUGAGUGCCAAUCCACCUCAUGAAAAAAUACUUUUAAAUAUGACACCAAACAACAAGCUGAUAUCAUCAAUAGAUAAGACCGACAGUUUUAUUUCACUAACUUCUGAAGUCGAGUCUUUUAUAAGUAAAAGUGAUUCUCAUUCUGGAAAUAUAAAUGAUGAAUCAUUAAAAGAAAUUCCAUGCGAUUCAAAUAAUCCAAUCUUGCCAAUGCAACAUUGUUCUGUUAUUAAUUCAAUCCAUGAACAAUCGUUUACUGAAUUUAAUGUGGUAAAUUCGGUUCAGCAAACUUCAUCAAAUCCAAAUGCCUUAACAAGUCAAUUAUCAACAUCAUUUUCUGAUCAUCCCAAACUCCUUUUAAUACCUGGAAUUUCAGAAAAUGCAACAUCAGAAUCUUCUAUGAACACUCAAAUUGAAGAACAGUCCUCAAGGCAGUUAUCUUUGCAAGUUAAUGAAUUAUAUCAUUCUGAGAAGGAUGACAAUUCUCAAACAACACCAUCAUUAUCAAAUACAGUUGCUGAUUCUCUUUUAAGCAAGCUAAAUUUACCUACUUCAGAACUUCGUAAAAUACUAGAAACUGUUAAUAUUCUUCCUUCUCCAGAAUGUAGUGAACCUAAUUUGUUAAACUUCAAAGAAACAUAUCAGUAUGACCAUACCCGAUAUUCUUAUGUUUCACCUCAAAAUGUUGUGGAUUAUGGGCAUGGCAUUUCAAUGAGUCAUCAUGGUAAAGAAUAUUCUUAUUAUGAUAGAGAACCUCGUAAGAUCCCCAUUGUACACGAUUAUGGCCAUAAAUCUGUUAAGGAUUUCGAUGAUAAUUUGGAUGCCACAAAUAAAGAAACUGUGUCUACAACAAUAAAAGCAAGACAUGAAGUUUCAGGUAAUACAUCUAUUUGUUCUAUAUCUGAUUUAACAUCUGAAAGUAAUGAAGAUAAUUAUAAUAAAAAUUCUGAAUUGUCUGUUGAAGCAUCCUAUGAACAACCUAAAGAAUCUGAACAAAAAGAUGAAAUGAAAGAAUCAGCUGCUCAAUAUCAAGAUGCACCAAAUGUAAAACCUCAGUAUAAAUCUCGGUUUCAAAGAGUCAUGGAAAGGUUGUCCUCAAAAAAGUCAUCCAAAGCUGAACCCAGCGAUCUGUUAACAGAAUGCUUCCCUGUGAAAUCAUCUAAAGAGAAAUCAUGUAUCAGAAAACCUAUUGCACUUGUACAGCCAUGCAAUCAAGAGUCUACUAAGAAUCCACCAAAACAGAAAAAAAUUGUUCCUUUGAAUAAUAAUCCUUUAUCUUUGAGAGAUUCUAAAAAUAAUAAAAAAACAAAAAAAUGUAAGAAAAAUAAAAGUACUAGUAAAAGCAAAAAAUCCACAAAAUCUCCACCUAGAAAUAAACCCAUAAGAGAUUUAUCAACUUUAUUUCAACCUGAUAAAAUAGUUAAAGCAAAAGACAAGUCAGCUAGUAAAAGUAAUUCUGUCAAAAGUAAUGAAUGUCCUGGCAUUCGUGUUUAUGGUAGAGUUACUAAUCGUGGUAGUUUUUUGACACAGUCGUCUAUAAAUCAGCCUCCAAAACCUAAAGAACCUACUGGUAAAAAAAGUAUAAAUAUGAUGAAAAUUACUAAAAUGCCUACAGAUCAAUUACAUUCGAUGAUUCAUUCUCCAAAGAUUGAUAUUAUUCCAACGAGGAAGAAUAUUCCUACUUGCUCUGAUGAAUUGUUUAAAUCUGUUAAUAGAAUUGGAGGAUCAACUUCAUCCAUUGCAUCAGCUAGUAAAACAACCGCAAGUGCUAAAACUAGUUUUAAUUCUACUAGCUCGUUUUUCAAAUCGUUUCUUCCAAACCCAGUUAUUAGACCAUCACUUCAGGAUCCUAGAACUAUUUUGAAAAGUGUGUCACCUGAUAUUACUUGCAAGUCUCCAAAUGAUUCUUCCAACUUUCUUAAUAAUCCUAAUGUGCAUACUAUUCUUCCAAAUGUUCCAUCAAAAAAAAGUUAUCUUCCAUGUAAUUCACUGCAGUUUUCAAAUCCAGAAAUUAGGCUAGAAAAUCUCCAAGCAGGAAGAAGAACCUUACUUCCCACUCCUCAAAUUGGAUUUAACAAAAGAGUGACAGAUAAUGAAGGAUGGUUUACUCAUUCUCAGAUUCAUUCUCAUGCUCAGAACUAUUCAAAUCCGUAUAGAAGUAUUCCAGUAAGAGAUUUUGAAUCAGGGGUUUCUCCUCUAACAUUCGAUUCUCCAUCUGUUUCUGGUUCAUCUAUUAAUUUUAAUGUUCAGUCUUCUAGUUUCACUGAGCAGUCAUCUCCUAGCAUUUCAGGUGAUGUUCAUAUAUCUAACCGUAGUGCUCAUCAUAGACAUUCUAGAACCCGUCAAACUAAAUGUGUUUGUUUACCACCAAAAUCUUUAAAAGCAUCUGUUGGAAAUGCUGUAUUUGACACAGCAGAUGUGCUUUUGUUGAUUUUGGAAUGGAAUGUGGAUUGGUUAGUUCAACAACAAAAGAAUCAUGAUCCUCCUCCAAUAUCUACACGUAUUAGAAAAGUUGUAAAUACAUAUGAAGAUUUUGAUGAAUAUUAUAAUACAUAUUUACCUCUAAUGCUUCUUGAAACUUGGCACAGGAUUUAUAUGUCUUGGACUAGUCUAAAUCAAGCAGCAUCUCCAUACUUUUGUGAAGUAACGUCAUAUUCUGUUGAAACUCAUUCUAUAAGAGUGCAAUGUCAGGCAAUAUUUAAGAGUUCUGAUGCUGAAAAAGGACUAGUUCCUGAAGAAGGCAAUAUUAUAAUGGUAAAAUUUGGAACUAAAGAAAAGGGAGGUAUCAAAAUAUUAGGGUAUAUUAGAGAUGUUAAAAUUGUACCAUUUGAUUCAUCUGUGAGUGUUCCUUUUAAAUGUUUAAAGUAUACGCCUGGAGAAAAUUUACAGAUGCUUUUAUUGACAUUUUCUGGUGCAUAUUCAUCAGAUGAUUUUGAUACAAAUCAAUUGAUUCGUAUUCAAAUUCUCUAUAAUAUUAAGUCUACCCUAAAGCAAAAUGAUGCUUUACUAAAUCUUAAAAAUUCUCCUCUGUAUAAAAACAUUUUAAAUCCAUUAACUGAUGGCUUGCGAAUCGUAACUUUGAAGAUUCGCAAUACAGACCCACUAAAGGAUAAUGCCUCGGAAUGUGUGAGGGAUAUUAUUAAAGGUAUUUUAUCUCCUCAUCCUCUUCCACUUCUUACUGUAGCAAAAACAUUGCUUUCAUUUGAUCACUAUUUAAUUCUUCCUUCUCUCAUUGAAAUGAUGAAGAACUCCUAUAGAACUAAAGUUUUACUGUGUACUCGUACUUCUAAAGCACUUACUGACAUUGGCAUCACUCUUUGUGGAACAUCAAUUAAAUUUGUCGUCUUGGGAAAAAGGUCUGAUAUCCAUCAGAAAUUAAGAAAAUAUCUUUUAGAAGAAGUUGCAAAUAAAAAACUAAGCAAACAAUCAAGUGAAGAUGCUUCAAUUAAUGAAGAUACAAGGAACAGUCUGCUAGCGAAUAUUAAACUUGAAAUUUUGAAAAAUUGUGAUGUAAUUUUAUCAUUGAUACGCAACUGUCAUAAUGAGUUAGUUGCACAGGCUUGUGCAGAUGGAGACAGCAUUGCACGGAUGUGUUGUAUAAUUGAUGAGGCCAGUGCGUGUACUGAACCAGAAAUUUUAAUACCACUUUUGUAUGGCAUUAGUAAAUUAAUCUUAAUAGGUGAUACUGAUGUUCCUGCAAAGAUCUGCUCAAAGGCUGCUGCUAAUUUUGGUUAUAAUCGAUCAUUGUUUCAUAGGGCAUAUGAAUUGGAUCUUGCAUCUGAAUAAUUAGUAAGAUAUGUAUUAAAUGUUGGUUUUAAAAUUUUAUGUGUCAUAACUAUUAAUGAUACUUUUACUUUGUUUUAGUCCAGAAUUACUUUAAAAAAUGGAUUUGCCUUUUUAUAUAGAUUAGUAUUGAUAUUAUUGACAAACGAAGUAAUUAAAUUUUAUUCUGUUAUUUAUGGGGUUUUUUUCCCUUAAACUAUCCCCAAAAUAUGUACAUAAAUAUGAAUUUCUGUUUGUAAAUUAAUACAGUGGGAUUUUUUGCACUUAUGCACACACACAUAUAUAUAUAUAUUAUUGUAAGAAAAACAUUUUAUUAUAUGCAGAAACACCAUCUUAAUUUGCCAGUAAGCACUUUAAUGAGACCAACAAUUAUCAUUUACUAAUUAGCUUGAUCUCAUUCUUAUGAUACUUUUAUUUUUCAGGUUGCAUAAGAAAUGAUGUUUAAAUAAUUAACUUUUCAUCUUGCCCUUUUCUAUUUUGCAUGAUAUUUCGGAAUGUGUCAGACUUGGAACUGGUGAAUUAUUCAUGGAGCUUUUACUUGUAUUCUUUAUUUUUUAUCAUUUCUUGUAAAGUAGGGCCUGUAUUUCUAAGUUACAAAGGAAUUGUUAUUAAGAAUAAGAGAAAUAGGCCCUUUCAUCUUAAAAAGUAAUACAUGUAUUAUUUUUUAACCUAUGGAAGUGGUAUCAUGAAUAAACUUUUUUUAAGGCAUUUUGCUCUGCUUGACAUAAUUUCAGUAGUUUCUGUUUAAUAAUACUCAAUGUUCUUAUAAAUAAUAUUCAAUAAACAUGUUGACCAUGAUUUUGAGGUGCAAGUAUUACUAUUUAUACAUCCUAUUUUCUUAUGUGUAUAAUUUCGUUUUUGAUGCAUAGUUUGUCAUCUGAAUUUAUUUGAUUAUUUUUUAUGUAAAAAAAAUUAAAGAAAGGAAGCUGAAAGUAGCAUAUAUUAAUUAUUAGAAAGCAUAGAUUAAUGCACUACUGUACUGAUAAAUUACUGGGUUUUCAUUGUCAGUCCUAUUUUAGGUUAAACAAGCUGUUAACUUCUUUUUCCAUGUUUGAUAUUUUGGAUAUGCUUGUGUUCCAAAUUAAGUUACAUUAUGAAUUAAGUUAUAUAAAUGAUUUAGAUUAUAUAAUGGCUGUUGAAUCCUUCUGUAUAUGAUAAGUGGUAAUAGACAUGACUUAAUGUUAUAGAACUAAUAAUAGAAAUUUAUUCCAUGAAUAUGCAUACAUUUUUAUUAUAAGAAAUAUCUGCUAUAAGAAGUCUUAUUACAAGCAAUUAAUAACAUUCUUUCUGCAUAUUUAUAUAUUUCAUAUAUAAAUACUGAGUGUUACUAAGUAUUUAUAUGUGAAAUAUAUGCUGGAAAUAUGUGGUUUAAUUAUACUUUCAAAAAUAAUCAAAUAAAUUCAUACCCUGUUUUAAUUAUACUUUCAGAUUGAUUACAAAGCAUUUUUCUGUUUUCAUCAUUUAAAUCUUUGUGAAGUGAAUGUGGUUUCUCGCAUCUUAAGUUUCCUCCCGUUUACACCACUAUUUCUUUAGAUCUUUGAAAAGUGUAAAAGAGGGAUAGUGUUGUAUUGUUUGUAAUUUAAGUGAUAUACUGUCUUAGAACAUAGAAAAAAUGUCUAUGGAAUUAAAAAAAAUGUGAAAGAUAAAUUGAUUUUUUUUAAUCAAUAUAAUUCUAUAGGUCUAAGAGAAGUUUUAGUAAAACGUCUGUUUUUUUAAAGAUUUAACAAUUAAUUUAUUUACUAUUUAAAUGUAUGCCAGCAUGUAGCUCCAAUUGGUAAACUUGCUUUAUUGUAUUAUAUAUACUCCAUAAAGUUUUUACAUUAAUGUAGUUUUUGAAUAGUCUGUAUUGCCUUUAUUUUGAGAUGAACUUCUGUUAUAUUGUAGACUUUUUCUGAAAAUGGAGUUCUAAAGGAUUUCUUUAUUCCUAUUUUUGUGUUUAUAGUUCUAUUAGUGUUUUUAAUUUCUCUGUAUAUAUUUAAAUGCAUUUAAAACUCUUCUGUGCAAUUGUAGGCAUAUUUUUAUUACAUAGGAGAAUUAAGCUGUAGUUGUGUGCUGUCAUUUUCUCACAUUUAUUAGUCUUGCCUGAUGAUGUGUGUUUGCAAAAGAUGUAAUCGGACACAUUCCACUUCUUAGACUUUUUAAAGGCACGAAAUCUGGUAUAAUAUUCUUAUGUGAGAAACAAGUAAUUAUCUGAUUGAGAUUAUAUGAAUAAUAUGUGCUUUUAUAUUAUUUUUUGUAUGCUUUAUUUCUUAUGCUAUAGAACCUUUUUAAAAGUUUCAGUUAUGUCUAAGUAUGUUCCAUUUUAAAUUAGUGCUUCUAUAUCUUGCCAGGGUUAAUUUGCAUCCUUAGUUCUACUUUAUUUUUCAAAGUUUUAGCUUUUACUGAGAUGUUAAAGAUAAAAGAUAAAAUGUUUGAGCCAUUAAAUGCACAAUAUUGUUCUCAAAAUAAUUGCUUAUACAAAUUAAUAAAAUAUUCUGAAAAUGAAUUUGCUUUACAUCUUUAGAAUCAAUUUUUCUUUCUGUAUUCUAUUGUGGAUCUUGAACCCUUUAGGUACAGACUUUUUAAAGGAUUUUUACAUUUAAAAUAGAUUUUUAAUUUGUGGAUGUACAGAAUAAUAAUAAAAGAAAGAUUUAUUUAUGUAUAAAGUUUUAUCAAGGGAUUGCUAUAGGCUGAUCUGUCAAGGAGGGAAAUAUUAAGAACAGACAAAAUUUAAUGAUAAAUUGGAUUUUUUAAGUAUAUAGAUAACUUUUUAGUAUACUUGGUAAUGUACAGAUUAAUUUACUUUAUUUAUAUUUCAUCUCCGAAAUAAAAAAAAUCUCUUAGCGUUUACAUAAGUAUGUUUUCUAUGAUACUUACUGUAUAAAUUCAGCUGUGUCUAAAUGUAAAGAGAAAAAAAUGUGCUUCAUAAACACAAAAAAAUUACUUUUUUUUUGUUGAUGUCUUAUAUAUAUUGUAUAUACUUGUAAAAUACAUGAUGCAUGUUUUGUGUUUAUUAAUAUGUAUUUUUAAGUAACCAUGCAAUUUUGACAAAGUAUUUGUUAUAUAUCUUAAAAAUUACUCAUAUAAUGCUAAUUAUAUAUAUUCAUAUUUCUUUGAAAUAUAUCUUUUCUUUUUAUGUUAAAGACUUUCAUAUUAAAUAAUUAUUUUUGUGCCAUAUUUCUGUAACUAUGUAAGUACUGUGUAUUUUCAAAAUAUAAACCAAAGAUUUUGAGUUUACUUUUAUUUUGCCAGUAGAAUUGAUGAUAUAUCUAUGCAACAUACUUGUAGCAUUACUUAAUUGCUGUUCAGUUGCUUAAUUCUUCAUUACUUAGCAUUCAUUUAGAUAAAGAUGAAUUUUUAUAUAUAAUCUGUUUGUAAAUCUCUAGCUUUAUUAUUAUCUUAAAAAUGUGCUUCAUAAGCACAAAAAAUUACUUUUUUUCUGUAGAAUAUUUAUUUUAUUCAAAUCUAAUAAUAACACUGUAAAAAAUAUCCUCGUUGUUUAUGUUUUGCAUUUGUUACAGAGCAUCUUGCAGAGACAGGAUGGAAUUAGUAACUUAUUCAAAAUUGUGCAUGCUAUUUGCAACUGCAAAAUUAUUAAUUUGAAAGUACUUUUAAUUUUUUAAAUUCUAAUCAUGAAAGCCAUUUUGAUUUAAAAGCUAUUUUAUUCUAAACACUUAGUUACAAAUGAAUGCUAUAACUACUUUUGCUACUUAAUUGUAAUUGAAAAUUUUUUAAGUUCAUACUGCUAUAGAUUUUGACAAUGAUUUCAAAAAACCUUUUCUUUGUUAUUUUGGCUGUAUAAAUUUUCUUUAAUAAGAAAUGGUUAAUGUGAUAAUUUAAUAAGCAAGAGCCAAAAUUAUUAUUUGUUUGUAUAUGUGUAGAUUGUAUAUAGAUUAAAUUACAAUUCAUCACCCUUUUUCUUUAUUGUAGAUCAGGAUAUAGUUUUGAGUUAUAAUUUCUAAAUUAAUCUUAGAGCAUCAAAACUUUUAAUUGGUAAUUAUGUUUUUCUGUAAAUAUCUUGCCCUAAAAUUUACAUUAACAUUUAAAGUGGUGUUGUCACCAGUCAUGAUAUCUUUUGAAAAUGUAAACUUUGUCUAUAGAAUGAAUAAUUCUGAUAUUUGUGUUUGUGUAUAUAAUACAAUGAAUUAUAAUCAAAGUUUCAAACUGCACAGAAAAUUACCAUUAUGAAAUGCAAAUUGUGACAAUUUAUUAAAAUAAUAGUUUUUUUUUUUGAUAAUUAACAAAUAAUACCUGUUUACUUUUGUCAUAAAUAUUUGAAACUCAUAUUAGUUAAAAAUUGAACUAUUGUACAACUGAACAAACUAUAAAAAAUUGAUUUGUCUCUGUUGUCUCCACCAUGUCUCCAUUUAUAUCUUUCAUAUGUAAGAAAAUUCAUUAUUUUUAAUGUAUAUCUGUAAAUAUCCAUUUUCUUUGUCAUGUGAAUUCAUAUUUUCAUUCAAUUUGUAUUCUUGAAUGUACUUCUCAGU